AACACCUGGUUUUCUAAGCAAUAUUUCGAAUUAUUAGGACAUGUUUGGGAAAUCCUGAUUUACCGUGGAGCACUUACAAGUGGCGAAAACCCUGCAUAAAAAGAAGCAGACAUCAGCAUGCCAAAAGCGCGGACGCAAUUCGAGGCGAAAUUACGCGCAUCCGAGGCUGUUUUUGGUUUCACUUCCUCAAAGAACCAGUACUGUGUUCAGUGUUUUUUUUCCCUCCUGACAUUGUUUGAGACAAUACUAGAUUCCUAUUCUAACGGUCAUAGAGAAACGUUUUGUUAUUAUCCUGUCGCACGCUAUUUAAUGGUUUAAUAACCAAGACUGGAGUUUGUUUUUGAAGAGAGAGGUAGUUUCCGAGUUUUUCGGCCGCGGACUACGACAGCGCGGAUAAGAACAAUGUUAUCAAAGGUUCUGACGUAAAUAGAGGCUGCUGAAGCCAUGCAUAUUAUGGGCUCCAGUGCAGAAGAAGCCCGUGCUGGACUAACGGGCCAUGUGUCCACUGUCCAAAUGCUCACCUUGCACCGUGAGCUACUAGUUUCCCAAGUGAAGAGCACGCAGUGCAUUCUGGAUAACCUCCUACAAAGUGGCUUUCUGUGUAUUGAGGAUACAGAAAUCAUCCAGCGCUCAGCCACCAAGACAGACCAGGUGCGUAAAAUCCUGGAAUUGGUCCAAAGCAAAGGGGAGCAGGCAUGUGAAUACUUCCUAUAUAUUCUCUACAAAGUUUAUGAUGCAUACAUAGACCUCCAACCAUGGCUUAAAGAGAUCAACUACCAGCCACCAGACUUCAUACGGGACAUACCAGUGAAGAACACGGACCCUAUUAGUAGGUACUGUGAGAAGCUGAGGCACGAGCUGGGCCGAGACACACGCUUCAUUGCAUCCUACACCAAGCGAGAGGAAACCCUGCUGGAGGAGCUCUAUACAGACACCCUGAUGGAGCUCCUGAAUGACCGCAAUGAGAGCCUGGGCCACCUGGAGGGUCUGGAGCAGCUCCUGGGAGAGCAGGGUGUCUUUAACCCACAGGCAGAGACGGUGCUCAUCACGGGGGACGCUGGGGUGGGCAAGUCCAUCCUCCUCCAGAAGCUCCAGAGGCUGUGGUCCAAUAGGGAGCUGGAACAGACAGACGCCAUGUUCUUCUUCAAGUUCCGCUGUAGGAUGUUCAGCACAUUCAAGGAGACAGACGAGAUCUCACUCAGGGACCUGCUUUUCAAAUACAACUGCUACCCCGACCAAGAUGCGGACAAUGAGGUGUUCAGCUACAUCCUCCGCUUCCCCGAAAAGGUUCUCUUUACGUUUGACGGCUAUGAUGAGAUCCAGGCUGAUCUGGACCUGGAGAACAUGCCUGAGGUGGUUUCUCCAGAGGAGAGGACUCACCCCCUUCUGGUGCUCAUUAACCUGCUCUGUGGGAAGCUGCUCAAUGGUUCCCGGAAAGUCCUUACUGCUCGGACAGGCACUGAGGUCCAGAGCAGGGUGAUCCGGAAGAGGGUGGCGCUGCGUGGGUUCUCUCCGGCCCACCUUCAGACCUACACCAACCUACACUUCAAAGAGCAGGAGCACAGGGACCUGGUCUCAGUCCAGCUGAAUGCCAACCCCCACCUCUGUGGCCUCUGCUCCAUCCCCCUCUUCUGCUGGAUCGUCUUCAAGAGCUUUAAACACCUGAGCUCAGUCUAUGACGACUUUGAGUUGCCAGAAGCUUGCGUGACCCUCACUAGCAUAUUCCUUCUGCUUUCUGAAGUCUUCUUCAGCCGGGGGGCCGCUUCCCCACCGGGCCUCCUGACGAGAAACACCAGGUGCCCCGCUGAUACCUUCAGGGCAGGGUUGAGGCCACUGACAGCCUUCUCCAAGCUGGCUCUGCUGGGCAUGGAGAGAGGAGUAUUUGUGUUCGACCAGGAGGAGGUGACCUCCUGUGGCCUGACUGAGGACGACCUUCAGGUGGGUUUCCUCCGACCGGUCAGCCUCUACGAUGCCUGUGGAAACCCUUCUACCUUUGAGUUCUUUCAUCUCACCCUACAGUCCUUCUUGGCUGCAUUCUCCCUGGUUCUGGACGAACAGGCCAGCGAAGGGAACAUCCUCAAGUUCUUCACCGAGUGCAGCAGGAGGGACAACACAUCUUGUUUAUCGUGUGUCUUCCCCUGCAUCGGUGGCUCCUCCAAACCCAGGGGAAAGGACCCGUUCAAGACCAACGAGCAUCUCCAGUACGCCAACCUCUUCCUGUGUGGACUGCUGUCUAAGGCCAAUGCCGGCCUGCUGGAGCACAUGGUUCCUCCAGCGCCACUGAAGAGGAAGCGGGCGGUCCUCAAGUCCUACCUGUCCACCAGCGUGAGGUCCCACCUCCGCGGCUUGCCACUCCACAGCACAGAGCAGGAGGGCAGCAAGGUGCAUGUCCUGCCCAACUUCCUGUGGAUGCUGCGCUGCAUCUUCGAGACAGGAAGUAAAGAGGUGGCCCAGCUGACUGCGAAGGGCAUCACAGCUGACUACAUCAAGCUGGGCUACUGUAAUGUGUUCUCUGGCGACUGCAGUGCCCUCAACUUUGUCCUGCAGCACCGGCGGAAGAGGCUAGGGGUGGACAUGGACAACAACAACAUCAGUGACUAUGGGGUCAAGCAGCUCAGGCCUUCAUUCAGUAAAAUGACCGUGGUGAGGUUGUGUGUCAAUCAGAUAUCAGACAGCAGCGUUGAAGUAUUGGCUGAGGAGCUUAUCAAACACAGAGUGGUGGAGGUUUUGGGACUUUACAAUAAUCUCAUCACGGACAUCGGAGCCAAGCUAAUUGCUCAUAUCAUUGAGGAAUGUCCUAAGUUAAGAGUCGUCAAGGUUGGCAGCAACAAGUUCACCAGUGUGGGUGGCAGGUAUCUGGCCAGUGCCAUUCAGAAGAGCACAUCUAUCUUUGACGUGGGAAUGUGGGGGAACAGUAUUGGUGAUGAAGGAGCAAGAGCAUUCGCAGUGGCCCUGAGGAAUCACCCAAGUCUUACCAACCUCAGCCUCUCAGCCAAUGGCAUCACUUCAGAAGGUGGGAGGCACUUGGCCGAAGCACUAAAAUGCAACACUAUGCUCAGAAUCUUCUGGUUGGUGCAAAACGAGUUGUCAGAUGAUGUAGCACCAGACCUGGCAGAGCUGAUCAGAUCCAACACGGGUCUCUCUCACCUCUGGUUAAUCAAUAAUCAGCUGACAGUGGAUGGAAUCAGACAGCUGUCAGAGGCUAUCUCCCACAACACAUCACUCAAAGAGAUCUGUUUGAAAGGAAACCGUCUUUCUGAAGAGGAAGAGAAGCUGUUUGAGGCUGAGGGAAGGCUACGCUUCCACUGAGGAGACAGAACUGAGCUGGAGAGUGUGUAGAUUGGUCACGUCUGUUACCGAAACUUAGAAGUUCUUGGUGUGUUUUCUUGCAUACUGCAUUUUGUAAAUAUUUGAACAUACUGUAUUAGCUAGGUGAUUCUGGCAUAUGGGUAAAAGCCUUGACUACUGGCUGUAGGCGAAUGAGUGAUGCGAGUUUGGAACAAUACUGGCUGUAUACAAGGAUCAGCCAAUCGUUCACAAAACAACAGAAUGCAGCACGCGACUGAAGAGAGGAGAGACAACCAACCUGCUAGUGACAGCAUCAGCACACGACUGAAGAGAGAAGAGACAACCAACCUGCUAAUGACAGCAUCAGCACGCGACUGAAGAGACAACCAACCUGCUAGUGACAGCAUCAGCACGCGACUGAAGAGAGAAGAGACAACCAAUCUGCUAUGACAGCAUCAGCACGCGACUGAAGAGAGAAGAGACAACCAACCUGCUAGUGACAGCAUCAGCACGCACGCCCCGGAAAGACCGCGGAGAGUAGAAAGGCAGUUUGUUAGUUACAGCAGCGCAUCCCCUGGACGAUAAAGAAGAGGCAACGUUAGGUGAGAAGCCUGACCACGGAGAUGGGGGUGAUAAGGUGAUGAAGCGUACUUCAUGAGCUGUAACAGAAAAACAGCUGUUAUUUGGGAAGUUUGAGGUGAGGGAGAAAGUGUGAUGGAACAAGUAUUGGCAUUGUUAAGUAUCUUACUAUCUGGAUCGAAUUCUCCCGUUAGCUAGCCAGAGAAAUGUUGAGCAACAUUUGCCAACUUAACUGAUCAAAUAAUUGUGUUUAUGGUGUGAAAAUUAGCUGGCUACUAAAGUCAGACAACAUCAGAUGAGCUAACGUUAGUAACGUUCACCUAACCAAUUCGCUAUAAUACUAACUCGUAUACGACUCCUUGCCGUUCAAGUUAUAACGCGUUUGUUGCUUACUGGACCCUGGCAAUCUGUGUGAAAUGUUGACUAGCUAACGAACAAACUACUAUCUGUGAACUAAGGUUUUCCCUCUACAGCAUGUGGUUCAUUUUCAGAAUGAGAGAAUUAGGUGAAAAUGAGGUGUUGCUUGUUAAACAAGUGCAUUCAGCGAUCAAGUGUACCUGGGUCUGGCUUAAACUGGAUGCCACUAUAGAGGUGAAAGGAACACCACACACUUUCCCUAUUUCUCACUUUUUCAAUACAGUGGAUAAAAAGGGGUGUGCCAGGUGUACUCUCUGCCUGAAAGAGAUCAAUUAUGCCAACAAAGGGUAUCAUGCUCUGCUGGCACAUUGUAGAACAGAUGUCCACAGGCUUAAAGUGUACACUUGUAAUAAUGUGCAGUGUAGCCCAAAGAUUUAGCUUAUGUUGUGUUGAAUUUGACAGUAACACUUGUGUGUGAGUGAGGGGGGAUUAUUAACAUUUUUACUCAGUGAACAUUAUUUUUGCAAGUGUGUAACCUUGUGCACUUGAUCAAUGUCUACUAUAGUGGCCACUAUAAUAGAGUGAAAAUAGAAUGCCUGUUUGUUUCAUUCUAUUUCUACGUGAAGAUGUUUUUUUUAUUUUUUAAAGUGCAUUAUUUAGCUGUGUGUGUGAGGUCACAAGUGUUCUAUUAUAAAGGCUGUCAUGGCUAACUGCAAUAUUGUAUUGUUUUUUCCCAAGACUUGUUGUUUGCAGUAAAGUCUAGGCAAUAAAUUAC